UGAUUGGGUGCCUAAACACGCUUGACUGUGCUGCCAUCCAAGCCCACCAUACCUACCCUACCCCUUGGCCAUUUCGAACUUUUUUUUUCUUCUUUCUAUGCGAAAUAAUCGCCAACUCCCGCCUUAGACUAGUUUUAUUCAGUCCUACGAACAUAAAAGGCAAAUUUACUGACUUUCACCCGCGACAAUGACAUCAUUUGCGUAUUCACAAGAUGGCAGGUAAGGUAAACAUGUGCGCCCAGACGAGGUAUGAUGCAAGCCGGGGGAAAGGAAUUGAUGCGGGGGAACAAGCCCUGGGCUAGACUGCUUGGCCUCUUGGGGGGCGCAACCAGGCCUUACUUCGAAAGUUAGGAUGAAAGAAGCCUAUAGAAGUACGGGCUGGCCUGCAGUUGAACCAUCGGCGCAGAUCAAGUCAAUAAACGGUCUCCCUCAGCCGUGCGGAGUGAUAGCCGAGAAGUUCUUGACGGCGCGUGGACGAACGGACCCGAUCAAAAUUGGACCGACCAUAGGUACCUCUACCUGGAACCAGGAACAGGCCGGUUGUGCCCCUGGGGGUCGUGUGUGUGCCUUUACUCCAAAUUUGUUCAUGUCGGUACAGUUUCUUCUCCGCAUUCCACUGGUCGCAGUGCAUUGUGUGUGUCGUCGAAUGAGGGUCACUCCCUGUCGCUCUCCAUGAGCGUCCUUCGUAGCGGCCCUCGAUCGGCAUUGGGGUUCGCGGCCAAACGGAAGUGUGCGGUAUCGACUGGAAUACAAAGGCGGCUGCUUCCCCUGGAUAUAUACCAGCAACGAGUACCAAUCUCUGUAAUAAGCCUGGGUGUUGAAAAGGGCACAUACACUUUGAAGAAAGCACUUUACAGCACAGAAGCAACCACAAGAUCCAGCAUGGAUAGCCAUCCGCAAGACGAUUUGCACGCACACUCGCUGGCCGACCCGGCCUCUUUCUGGGGCCAACAAGCCGAGCAGCUAUAUUGGCACAAGAAACCCGAUGCAGUCCUGACAGAGAGUGCAAAGAAAGUCCCCGAUGGAGACUCUGAAGCGUCGCACCCGCACUGGGAAUGGUUCCCAGGCGGUGAGAUUUCGACAUGCUACAACUGUCUAGACCGCCAUGUCGAAAAGGGCAACGGUGAUGCCCCGGCAAUCUUUUACGACAGUCCCGUGACCGGAAGCAAACAACGACUUAGUUAUAAGGAGCUCCUUGAUGAGGUCGCCUUGUUCGCCGCCGUUUUGAGGCAGGAGGGUGUGAGAAAAGGGGAUGUUGUUUUGGUUUAUAUGCCCAUGAUACCUGCUGCUCUCAUCGGUAUACUAGCUAUAAAUCGCCUCGGCGCCAUCCACUCCGUCGUCUUUGGUGGCUUUGCUUCCGGAGCUCUGGCCCAACGAAUUGAUGCCUCACGCCCCGUUGCCAUCCUGACGGCAUCGUGCGGCGUUGAAGCGGGUAAGGGGCCCAUAGCGUAUCGUAAUCUGGUCAGAGAAGCCGUUGCCAAGUCCAAAUGGAAGCCGCCAAAGACCAUUGUGUGGCAGCGCGAACAGCUGCGAUGGGAGCCGGUGAGGCGAGAGGAUGGCGAGCGUAUCUGGCACAAGCUUGUCUCCUCGGCCAAGGCGAGAAAGCUGCCUCCUGCCGAGUGUGUACCUGUGGGUAGCAACGAUCCCAUCUACAUCAUAUACACCAGUGGAACGACGGGCUUGCCGAAAGGCGUUGUAAGGGAAUCAGGAGGCCACGCCGUCGGUCUAUAUUUGUCCAUCAACUCCAAGUUUGGCAUUCAUGGCCCUGGGGAUGUUAUGGCCUGCUUCAGCGACAUCGGCUGGGUAGUCUCACACUCAUAUACACUCUAUGGUCCGCUCAUCACCGGUGCCGCUACGGUACUCUAUGAAGGAAAGCCCGUAGGAACUCCUGAUGCGGGAGCCUUCUGGCGCAUUGUGGAGGAGUACAAAGUCAACAGCCUCUUUACUGCGCCGACUGCACUCAGGGCCAUCCGAAAAGCUGAUCCCGACAACAAAUUGGUUGAAAAGUAUGGUCGGCACGGAGGGUUGAAGAGCCUCCGAGCCCUCUUCCUGGCCGGCGAAAGGUCAGAGCCUGCGAUCGUGGAAGCGUACCAGGAGGUCUUGAACAAGUAUGCCGCGCCCAACGCCCAUGUCAUAGACAAUUGGUGGUCGACCGAGUCCGGCUCGCCCAUAUCGGGCAUCGCUCUGGUCCCGCAGCAUGGAAAGGACGGCAAGACUUGUGUCAGAACCCAGAAGACUAAGCCCUUGAGUUCCAAACCCGGCAGCGCAGGCAAGCCAAUGCCUGGGUUCGACGUGAGGGUUGUGAAUGACGAAGGUGAAGAGCUUCCUAGGGGCAAGAUGGGCAACAUUGUCAUGGCUGCACCCCUUGCGCCGACAGCGUUCCGAACGCUGUGGGAUGAUGAGCCUAGGUUCUUCCGCGGCUACUUUAAGCGCUUCAAUGGGCUUUGGGUUGACACGGGCGAUACUGGUGUCGUUGAUGAGGAUGGUUACGUGCACAUCAUGAGCAGAUCAGACGACAUCAUCAAUGUUGCAGCCCACCGACUAUCUACUGGCACUCUGGAGGAAGCAAUCACCAGCCAUCCCCUAGUGACGGAAGUCUGCGUCGUCGGCAUCCCCGAUUCACUCAAGGGGCAGAUGCCAUUCGCGCUGGUGACGACCACGCCGAACAACGAGCACGUGACUGACGAGCAGCUGCUUUCCGAGAUACAGCAGCUCAUCCGCAAGCAGGUCGGCGCUAUCGCGGCGCUCCGCGGCAUAAUCCGCGGUCAGGGCAUGAUCCCCAAGACUAGGUCGGGAAAGACUCUCCGCCGCGUCAUCAGGGAGCUGUUUGAGAAUGCACGCAUAGGACAGGCUGAUAAGGAGGUCACGAUACCGUCUACGGUUGAGGAUGCGGCGGUGGUCGAGGUGGCGAGGGCCAAGAUCAAGGAGUACUUUGAGCAACAGGCCAAGGGCGGUGGGGAUCGUGCUCCCAAGGCCAAGUUGUGAACAUAAGUUCGUUGUUCUGAAAGACUGUCUCGGUCCAACAAAGAGAUUGUCUCGGUAUUCUGUCUAUUCUAGCUCAACUGUCAUCCACGUGGAUUUUCAGGGGCCCUAGCAAAUUUGAUAUGCUAUAUUGAGACAUAAUAGUAGCAAAGAAUAGCUUCAUAUCCAUCAUCCAUCCGGGGAGGCUUUCCUCGGUUUCUAGUCUAGUCCGAACCUGAUCCUUAAUGCGUCAGAUUCACCAAAUGCAUCAGCGAAGUCAAGACUUGCAACCUUUUCUCAC